AUGGGCUUUACAGAUGUUAUAAAAAGACAGACCAAGAUCGAUGUUGUGCAGAGAAGUAGGGGGAGUUUGUCAACUGCAUCCAUGUCUUGGUUCUCCUGGCUCUUCACUCUGAGGCUGUGCUCAGCCGCAUUGCUGCUCCUGGUGGGCAGUCAGCUGGGGCUCAGGCUGGGAUUACAGAUGGUUCAAACAGCGACUUGUACACAGUGGGGCACACCGAGCGAUCAGGGUCUGUUCAAGGAUGGAGAUGUAGUAAUUGGUGGGCUCUUUAGUCUUUUUUACAAUCCUGCAGCUAUAGACAACGGCUUCACCGAGCUGCCACACAACAAACCUUGCACUGGUUUGGAAUAUCUUCCAUUACAGUAUAUUUAUGCUAUGGUGUUUGCGCUGGAGGAAAUCAAUCAUAGUAACAGCUUGCUGCCAGGUGUGAAGCUGGGCUACCAUAUUCGUGAUAGCUGUGCCCUACCCUCCUGGGCCAUGCAGGCAGCACUGUCUCUGGUUGGAGGAGAUAGUGCUACCUGUGAUUUAGCAGCUCCGCCAGAGUAUUCUUCUGUGUAUGGAGAGGGGAUCGGAGAAAGAACAGGUGAUCAGCCUGUUCCUUUGAUCAUUGGUGGUUCUUCGUCUAUAACAGCCAUGAUACUCUCAAGAAUCCUGGCGCCACUCUCCAUACCUUUAAUGAGCUACACAGCCAGCUGCCCCUGUCUAAGUGACAGGCUCCAGUAUCCUAACUUCUUCAGGACAAUGCCCAGUGAUAUUUACCAAGCCCGGGCUAUUGCCCAAAUUGCAAUACGCCUAAAUUGGACCUGGAUUGGAGGAGUGAUAGCAAACAACGAUUAUGGCCAUGUGGCAAUAAAGAUAUUUCAGGAGGAGACGCAGGGGACAGGGGUGUGCCUGGCAUUCAUAGAGACUCUGCAAAGGGAAAACAUUGUGAUGGAUGCUAGACGAGCAGCCCUCACAAUUCAGGCCUCAACUGCAAAAGUGAUUCUGAUCUUUACCUGGUACACAGAUGUGAGGGAACUGUUUUUGCAACUCGCCAACAUAAAUGUGACUGAUAAACAGUUUCUGGCUAGUGAGGCUUGGAGCACCAGUGGUAAUCUGCUGCAAGAUCCUAUCACUUCUAAAGUGGCUAGUGGUGUUCUUGGUGUGGCAAUUCGAAGUUCAGCAAUACCUGGAUUUGAACAUUUUCUCAGAAGUUUGAAUCCCUCUUUACGACCUGAUGAUAAGUUCUUAUGGGAAUUCUGGGAAAUGGUGUUUGGUUGUAGUCCUGGGGCCUCACCACUCUCUACGAGUUCACCGUCUCCCACAGACCGGUUGUCUCAGAAAGCCUCACUUCCACCGUGCAGCGGCAGAGAGUCCCUGGAGGAAGUGCAGAAUCUCUUCACUGACACCUCUCAACUAAGAGUGACAUAUAAUGUUUAUCUUGCUGUUUAUGCUUCAGCCCACGCCCUCCACAGCCUUCUGUCCUGCCCUAACAGAGACAGCUCACCUGGAAACAUCAGCUCCACCUGCUCCUCUCCAAAACAGAUCAAACCCAUAGAGGUGUUGCACCACUUGAACAACUUGAAUUUUACCACACCACAGGGGGAAAUGUUUUAUUUUCAAGAGGGCAACACUCCAGCAAAGUACGACCUUGUUAACUGGCAGAACACCCCUGAGGGGUCACUCAAAGUAGUUUUGAUUGGACGUGUGGACGGGUUUGACAUCAACCUUGACCUGUCAGCUAUUCAGUGGAACACAGGAUCCAAUCAGGUGCCUGUUUCAGUGUGCAGUGAGAGCUGUUCCCCAGGUUUCCGAAAGGCCAACAGGAAGGGAGAACCUCUCUGCUGCUUUGACUGUAUCCCUUGUGCUGAAGGAGAGAUAAGCAAUCACACUGGUUCCCUUAUCUGUGAGCGUUGUCCAUCUGAGUUUUGGUCUAAUGCUAAACGAACUGCCUGCGUACCUCGCCAGCUGGACUUCCUUUCCUUUAAUGAAACAUUGGGCUUUAUCCUGGCCACAGUAGCUGUGUCUGGUGUUUCUGUGACAACAGCUGUGUUUGUAGUUUUUAUUUACUACCGUCAAACACCUAUGGUGCGAGCCAACAAUUCAGAACUGAGCUUCCUGCUUCUCCUGUCGCUGAAGCUCUGCUUCCUGUGCUCUCUGGUGUUCAUUGGUCGUCCAUCAGUGUGGACUUGUCGGUUCCAGCAGGCAGCAUUUGGGAUCAGCUUUGUACUUUGUGUCUCCUGCCUUAAAGUCAAGACCAUAGUAGUUCUUGCAGCUUUCCGCUCAGCUCGGCCUGGUGCUGGAUCCUUAAUGAAGUGGUUUGGCCCAGGCCAACAGAGAGGAAGUGUCUGCCUAUUUUCCUGUAUCCAGGUCAGAUUUGUUUUCAUCUGUAUUGUUUGGCUGUCCCUCAGCCCCCCUGUGCCUCAAGCUGACUUGACUAUUCCAGGGUUAAAGGUCACCCUUGAGUGUGCCAUGUCUUCAGUGGUGGGCUUCUCUCUGGUUUUGAGCUACAUUGGUCUGUUGGCUUGCACCUGCCUCCUCUUGGCCUUUCUUGCUCGGAAACUCCCUGACAACUUUAAUGAGGCCAAACUUAUCACCUUCAGCAUGCUGAUUUUCUGUGCGGUCUGGAUAGCUUUUGUCCCUGCGUACAUUAGCUCUCCCGGGAAAUACACUGUUGCUGUGGAGAUUUUUGCAAUCCUUGCAUCUAGUUUUGGCUUGCUGCUCUGCAUUUUUGCCCCCAAAUGUUUUGUCAUUCUUUUGAGGCCUGAGAAAAACACUAAAAAAUACCUGAUGGCUAGAUAA